GCUUAGAAAACGGGGAGGAGCGACGGUACCACAGGCAUGACAGCGAGGGAGGGAGACCGUCUCCUGUGUCCAAACAUCAUCUACUUAUAGGCGUGAUUUAACAGCGAGCUAUCAGGGAUAUUCAGUUUAUUGAUCUUGGGAUGCUGGUCGCUGUGAGGCUCUGAAAAGGACUCGCCAAAGGGUUUGAUAAAUAUUCCGGCUUAAUGGCCAGCUAGCAUAACAAAGCUAACUGCUGUUAGCCGCUGGAGCCGGAGAAGUGAAGAGCCGAAGAGGGGAAUAGCAUGAGUUCCCUCGGAUAGCCCUCACAGAAGAAACGAACACUGACAAGAAUCAUCCUGUUCAACAUUUCUUUACCUUUCUAAAUCACAGAUUGUUGGCGUAAUCCCCAUCAUGGUGCAGAAAUACCAGUCACCUGUGCGGGUGUACAAGCAUCCCUUUGAGCUGGUGAUGACGGCUUAUGAGCGCCGCUUCCCCACUUGUCACCUCAUCCCCAUGUUUGUGGCGAGUGACAUCGUGAAUGAGGAGACCAGCGAGGAUGGUUCCACCCAGAAGAUUGAGCGCCGCUGUGCCCUGGAUGUGGAUGCCCCACGCCUUCUCAAAAGGAUCGCAGGCGUAGACUAUGUCUACUUCAUCCAGAAAAACACGCUGAACCGAAAGGAGAGGACUCUGCACAUUGAGUCCCAUAAUGAGACCUUCUCCAACAGGGUUGUCGUCCACGAGACAUGCUGCUAUUCGGUCCACCCGGAGAAUGAAGACUGGACGUGUUUUGAGCAAACCGCCAGUCUGGACAUUAAGUCCUUCUUCGGCUUUGAGAGCACCGUGGAAAAGAUUGCUAUGAAGCAGUAUGCCAGCAGUAUCAAAAAGGGAAAAGAAAUCAUAGAAUACUACCUAAAGGAGCUAGAUGAUGAGGGGAUCACUCAUAUGCCCCGCUGGAGUCCCUCCUCUCAUUCCCUGCCUCUCUCCAGCCCUACCAGCCUCUCAACGAACCAACCUGAGCUUGGAAUCGUGCCCGCCGAUUCAGUCCCACUGUCUGCAGAUGCCAAGGAUGGAACCUCACAGGAUGCAAAGCAGGACAGCAACAUGCUUCAGAACGACAGCCUUGCAGAGAUUCUGGCGGGGACACCGGAAGACAAGCUGGAUGCAGACUAUAUCAAACGUUACCUGGGUGACCUGACACCCCUGCAGGAGAGUUGUCUGAUCAGACUACGCAAGUGGCUUCAGGAGACACACAAGGGAAAGAUCCCUAAAGAUGAGCACAUCCUUCGUUUCUUGCGGGCCAGAGAUUUCAACAUGGAUAAAGCACGGGAGAUCUUGUGCCAGUCUCUGACCUGGAGGAAGCAGCACCAGGUGGACUACCUGCUGGAAACCUGGAGCUCUCCACAGGUUCUUCAGGACUACUACACCGGCGGCUGGCACCACCAUGACAAAGAUGGCCGUCCUUUGUACAUCCUAAGGCUCGGCCAGAUGGACACCAAAGGACUGGUGCGCGCUCUCGGGGAGGAGUCUCUGCUCAGACAUGUGCUUUCUAUCAAUGAGGAGGGUCUGAGACGCUGUGAGGAGAACACAAAGGUGUUUGGUCGGCCAAUCAGCUGUUGGACAUGUCUAGUAGAUCUGGAGGGGCUGAACAUGCGUCACCUAUGGCGACCAGGAGUCAAGGCGCUGCUGAGGAUCAUCGAGGUCGUGGAGGCUAACUACCCUGAGACUCUAGGACGGCUGCUUAUAUUGAGAGCUCCAAGAGUCUUCCCAGUCCUUUGGACACUGGUGAGCCCAUUUAUUGAUGAAAACACCCGCAAGAAGUUCCUGAUCUACGCAGGCAAUGACUAUCAGGGUGCUGGAGGUCUCGUGGACUACAUAGACAAGGAGAUCAUUCCUGAUUUCCUGGGAGGAGAGUGCAUGUGUGAGGUACCGGAGGGUGGCCUGGUUCCCAAGUCCAUGUACCGCACAGCCGAGGAGGUCGAGAACGAGGACAUCCGUCUGUGGACUGAGAUGAUCUAUCAAAGCGCCAGCAUCUUCAAAGGAGCUCCACAUGAGAUUGUGAUCGAGAUCAUCGAUGCCUCCUCGGUCAUUACCUGGGAUUUCGAUAUGUGCAAAGGCGACAUUGUUUUCAACAUCUACCACUCAAAGCGAGCUCCGCAAGUACCGCGCAAAGAUACCCUGGGAGCCCACGGCAUCACCUCCCCAGGAGGCAACAACGUGCAGCUCAUUGACAAGUCCUGGACGCUGGGUCAGGAUUACAGCAUGGUCGAGUCUCCGCUCACCUGCAAGGAGGGCGAGAGUGUGCAGGGUUCCCACAUAACGAGAUGGCCGGGUUUCUACAUCCUCCAGUGGAAGUUCCACAACAUGGCGGCCUGCUCGGCCACCAACCUGCCCAGAGUGGAUGACGUGCUGGCCACCCUCCAGGUCUCCUCACAUAAGUGUAAAGUCAUGUACUACACUGAGGUGUUGGGCUCUGAGGACUUCAGAACGGCUUGCUGUGAUGUGCAAAGUUUGGGAUCGAUGACCAGCUUGGAGUCGAGCCACAGCGGCUUCUCUCAGCUCAGUGCUGCCACCACCAACUCCAACCAAUCCCAGUCCAGCUCCAUGAUCUCCAGGUAGAAACUGGUGUCAGAGGACUACACUUCCCAAAACCCACAUGCCCCCUCCACUGCCCAUACCGUCAACACGGACGCCAACUUUUCCUAUCCCCAUACUCUUAAACCAUCAUCUUUGGAUUCUGUUCCUAUUGCACAGCCAGUCUCUGUGGAACUGAUGCAUGCUUGCACAAACGGAAGACAAAGAAUUUAAAAAUUCUGAGGCAAAAAGAAACUAAAUGUACAAUUUAAAGGGCUGAUUUUUGCACAAAGGGUCGUAUAUUUUUCAUGCCUGGCAUCUCAGCUGGGCUGCAGUUUGAAUAAGACCCUCAGCAGAAUGUUUUGUGCACGAUGGAGCGGCUAAAGGUCAGGAGGUGAGGAGUGGCGCCUUUCAGGCACCAGAAGCUGAAAGAAAGAAGCAAUAUUCUCAUCCUAGGAGCUAUGGAAUGGGAUGACGACACUGGAGGCGCUGUUACAUAUAUGCAUUUACACAUGCACACAUAUACACAGUACCGAGGCGACGCAUACCUCAUUCACGUGCGUCUGCUGAUAAAGACUGGAUGAGCUGUUACAUACAAACGCCACUCGGGCACAAACGCACACGAGAACGUUUGACAUGCAAAAAGUUGACAGUGUUUGCCAUGUUGUUACUGGAGGGUUUAUGUCUCUGGUGAGCUGUUUAUAGGUCAAAUGUGGGUGGGGUGAACAUCUUUUAAUAGAUCUGGGUCAAAUAAGAUCAGCUCUCUGUAUCACGACAGUACAGGUGUCAGUAACUUUGGCAGUUGACAGGUAUAAUCUUCCCAGCGUGCUCCUGUGGCUGAGUUGAGCUUUCUGACACUCAUUGCAUUGCUGUACAGGUUGCUUCACAUCUUUUGAAUAUUUGACCCAGAUCUGACACUUAGCGAAGUAAAUCCACUAGAAGCAAUAACACGAGUUUGACUUUCUACUGUGUGAAAUAUUUCUAUUUAACGUGAAAAUGUAUGAGGAUCAUUUACGGUGGCCCCAAGGUGCAAAAUGCAGUAACUAAAGUAGAAAUGCCACAUUUCAGAAAACAAGAUGACAAAACUUAUACCAGUAACAUUUCUGAAAAUGGGACAUUUCAUGCAUUUUUGUUUUUGAAUUGGCAGAACCAAAGUACCUGAUGUUAGGGUGAUGUCAUUUCCUGUUUCUGUAAUACUUUCAGAGGUUUGACAUGAAUUUAAAGUUUGAAAGGAUGGAAGAAGAAAGUUGAUAGAGAACAUUUAGAAAUGAGUAUUAUGAGAGUCAAAGACUUGAACUAUCAAAGUGACGUGGGCCCAGUGUUGAAUAACCAAAGAUAAAAAGGCAGCACUCACAAUACUUCAGGCAUAAGUUGACAGAUCCAACAGUCAUUCCUGUCAUGUGACCAAACUUGAGUCAUGUUUGACAUGAUUGGUAAAGGUGACUUAUUCCUGAAGUCUUGUGCGACUGCUGCCUUUUUAUCUUUGGUUAUACAACACAGGCCAUACUUUACUUAAGAAAUGUUUACACUCUGGCUACAGUCCUAACCAGCAUGCACACACCGCCCUGUUAUCUCGGUGUGCUUUCAGGGUUUGAAAGGACAUUUUAAAGUCGUGUCAAAAAGUACAUCAUGAUUGUCCUUUGACUUUGGUUCUGGUAUUUCAAAAACAACAAUGUCAUUACCUCUUCCUCUGCAGUGAAAUGUUGUCUUUUUCUUUUUAUGUCUGCGCUGCACCGCUGGGCCACCGUCAUCACGGGUGCUGAUUGCAGAUGAACUUUUUCUUGUGUACAGGCAGACAGACGGGCAAACUCGAGUCGGUAAACGGCUGAAUUCUGUGGCACCACCGUUUCUUGUCUACAGACAUUUUGUCAGGAGAGAAACAAAAAUAAUUUGCCAGAUUUUCUCCUCGACACGUGUUCUGUCCUCGUAGUAAGGGAUGCACUGACUGUGAAAUACUAGGCCGUAAUCCAGCACUGAUACUGACAUUUUUUUUUUCAGUAUUUAUUUUGUUUUUGUUCUAGGUGAAAUGAAAAGAAAAAAAAAAACUUUAUUUAAAAAAAAAAUGCAUGUUUUAGCUCUUCAUGGAACAGUUUUUGAACAUUUAGCCAGCGCAAAAGUCAGUAACGCCAUCUUAUCAGCUGAUACUUGGCUGAUUCAUCGGUGCAUCCCUACCUCAUGCUUUGAAAAUAUAUAUAAAAAAAUAAUCUUAACGUGGAACGGCCGCAGUUACUUUGCUUUCUGUCAAGCGUCUGCACAUUUGAGGAACUCAAGUUAAAUGAAGCAGUCAAGGAAAUGCCUUGUCACUGAUUGGUGAAUGUGCUACUGAUUGGCUGGCGCUUGCUAACCAAUGAAAUGCCUGAAUUUGGACGGUUGUGGUCAGUUGGGUGGAACUGCCAUCGUUACUUUUCCAGAGUGAUGUAGAUUUCAGUGUGCUUUAGGGGUGAAUGUUUCUUUGUGAUUUAUCAUUUGACAGCGCGCCAGUAGACCACAUCGAUACUGUACAAGUGCUAGUGUUGGUUUGUUUGUGUUUUGGAGACAAUUGAUGGGUGAAGUGGCAUGGCGGCCUGCCGCAUGCUCACGCGGUGAUUGGGUUUACGGAUCUCUUAUUUAAGAUUUAAGAUAUAGCCAUUUUAAGAGCCAUGUGUCAAUGAAUAAUACCAUUUUAGCCUUUGUAAGCAUCACUUAGUCACCACUGUAAUAGACAAGCGAUCGUGAGUCGAAUGAACAUUUCAUUUUCUUUUUUAAAACGUGUUCUAUUUGGUUGAUAAGCAUUGAUGACUUCGCACAGAUCAGACUCCCCGUCGAGGGCAGAAAUGUUCAGCUUUGCCAAGAGUCAUUGGGUGCUGUUGCCAUGGUUACACAGUGCAGCUGACAACAACGGCAAAAAAAUAAGAGGGGGGGGGUUUCCUCAUACAUAUAUGCACACAGAUGCCACACUGGUUGUUGCUCUUCACUGUAAUGACUUCACGCAGCGCCAUGUUCCUCGGGCAGCGCACAUCUGCACACGAUCACGGAUCAUUGUACCUCGCUGAAUUUUCAACAGAUUUUCGAGCAGUUUGGGUUACAAACGUUAAAACUUUGUUUAUGAUACAUGUGCUGAAACAGUUAUAAUGCUUAAUCUAAUGUUACAGUCCGGCAGCUGCUUCUUUGUGAUACUCUGCUGUAAAAAGCAACAGGAUUACUGCAUCACUUUAACGUGUUUAUUGUCCCGUCAAAGUUUGACUUGAAAAGAGAGCUGCAGAUGAGCCAGUGUUGGUCUUUCUCUCACUCCUGCAGUCUGUCUUUAUUCUGGGACUCUUUAACCAAAACAAGUCCCCCUGAAAGCAGCUCUGUAGGUUUCUGUAGCUCACAUGACUCAAGUCUUUCUAGAGCAUGUUGGAGCACUUGGACCGAAUAUCAGAUCAAAUAUUUAAUGAUAAAUAAAAUAUGAAUCUCCUUUAGCUGAUAUAAGACAGUCGGGACUACUUUUUGGUAUACCAAAUUAAAGACAUUUGUAACGGUAAAACAACUGUGGAAAGUUGGUUUUAGCAUUUCUUUCACUGAAACAUCAAAAAGAAGCACAAAAAUUUGGCGUUAUUUAUAGGACUGGAUGACAGGAAAUGCUCAGACCUCGUGAGCAAGACAGCUGUGGCAUCUGUGUGUUCAUAUUUGUUUUCCCUCCUACGAAAAAAAAAAAAA